AUGUCUCGUUUCUUUUCUCAAGAGUCUCUUACUUCCUCACAAUCGCAACUGAAUUCGUCCAUCGUUGUUCCUCUCGUCAAGUUCUCAUGCUCUUUAACCAAUCAAGGUGAUGCCACAAGUGCUCAAUGGACUCAUUACUCGAGAAGUGAUCUUGAACUUGUGAUUCAAGAGGUGCAAGUUGGUGGUUCAGGGAAUGAAAGAUACUUAUCAAUGAAAGUAGUGGCAGGCGCUGAGUAUCUGGAAGAACAGAAUUUAAACGAUGUCGUGAGGAUUUACAAGAACUUCGUUUUAUCUCCAGGUAGCGAGGUUCCAGUGAGAGUAGUGGUUAAGCCUCCACUUCUCGCAUUGCGAUACCCAAAGCUCAAUGAUAUUCGUAGGUUGCAAUUCAGGUUUCGUGGUGACUCAGACUUCAAUCAGGUUCUCAAUAUCUUGACAAACUUGGGUUUGACGGCAACAGAAAGUUUGUCGUCAGGGCCUGUCUUGCAAUCCCGUCCACCAACUGCAGACUCGACGUCUUCGGGAAUAUCUAAUGGAUAUUCUUCAGUUGCAGGUUAUCUGCCUUUAACUCCAAACAGCGAAUUCAAAGUUCCCAUGCGGCCAGACUCAGCUAGUUCUAUACUUCAGAGACCGAGUAGCUCUUAUACACCCCAAUCCGACAAUCACCUCUACGUCAGACCGCAAUCUGCCAUGUCAAUAUCUUCAUUUAUGCCUCAGUCUAAACCAUCUUCCGAACCACUCAAUAGAGCGCAAUCAUUAUAUGUUUCUCAGUUCGAGCGAGAGCAACGACAAAUUCAAUCCUCAAACUCUCUGCUGAAUACCUCAGAUAAGGUGCCUGCAAAUGGUAAUGCACACGUGAAUCGAAUUUUGUUGCCAAAAGCCGAAGAAUCCCAACGUCGGUUUUCUACCUCGCCUUUCUUCGAAACACAAAGGAAGCAUUGCCUGCCCGAUAGAAUGAAUUUGUUCUCUUCUGUCAACGAUCCCCAUAAUUCAAGAAAUAAAAUACUUGAAAAUGCACUAGACUUUUUCAGUCCAGUCGAAGAUCGUUCAUCGCCUCGUUCGACCGAGUAUCCGUUCUUUGGUGCACCAGGAAAACGCCCAAUAUCUCUUCCAGCCGAGAAUGAUAUUUGCCUGGGCCUUCCUAUCCCACCAAAGCGACAAUUGCCAUUUGCGACUGUGAAAGAGCCUUUAAGAUCCAAAUCUGUAUCCGUAGCCGAUACCAGUAGACCAGUUCAAGCCCCACAACAGCGAAAGCGACCCCUUGAAGAGUUCAUGGGGGAAAGCACGUCAAAUGGGAGUAUCACGCCUGCUAAAAAGCCAGCAAAGAGACGUGUUGCAAGUCGCAAGGGUACUACGCAUCUACCAGAAAUUAAUGACUUGUCAAGUAAAGCUUUUCCUUCAAAAGACAGCUCAGCAAGUGACACCCUUGACAUCCCAAUGCAGACAGCAAAAUCGCCUCCUCUUGAAGCCAGGAGGAUUGCAACACCAAUCGCAUCAGAUAAAGCGCCAUCAAAAUUGCAAGCAGAAAGAAUCGAGGCUAGACAACAGUCCGUACCAACUCUAAAAAUGGUGAAUAGAUCUACUCAAACUCAAACCUUUUCAGGUCGAGACCACACAGCGGCUCUCAAACCUGCUUCGAAUACCUCUGCAGUAGACCUUCAGUCGACACGACCGACAGCCUCUGUAUUACAGGACGAUUUGGAUCUCGUUGUGUCAAGAUACAGUUCAGGCUCGCGGGUAAAUCUGGCGCCAAAUUACAACGAUCUCCCCGAUGACAAACGGCAUAAAAUGCUCAACGAUUUUAUAAUCAAAAAUUUAGAGAAUGAUGACUUUCUCAAAUUAGCGGAGGAUAUGGAUGUCUCUUGGCGUAGGAUAGGUCUCACAAGAUAG